UGAAAGAGCGGCGCGCGCACUACGCGCCUGACACGUGAUCAAGAGGAGAAGAUGGCGGCUGUUUUGGAGCGCAGUCUCGUGGAGAUCUGCGGGUUCGGGCGGGAAGCCGAACGGCGGUUCCGAGAGGUCACAGUGAGUCCGGGUGUGAACGCUCCUCCAGGUGGGAUAAAAUUUCCAGACAGUGCUGGAGCCUUCCAUUAUGGCGAGAGCGGCAAGCUGCUGUCCGUCACCAGUGAUCGCUUCAUCCACUGGUGUACGUCAGGGGACACGGUGCAGCUGGUGGAGGAGUCUCUGGACACCAACCUGCUGAAUAAUGCCAUCAGACUGAAGUUCAGCUCCUGCAGCGUUCUGCCUGGGGGAGUCACCAUCCAGGAGACCCUAAAUAACAUCAUCAUUCUGAUCUGCACCAAUCAGAGCGUCCAUAGACUGGUGCUUCCCCAUCCUGCCCGCAUGUACCGCAGCGAGCUGGUCACAGAGCGCCACAUGCAGUCCAUCUUCACUGAUGUGAUGAAGCUUGAUCUCCAGGACUCUGCACACUGUGCCUUAAUCCCCGGCUUGGCUGGGCACACGGCCGUACCCGGCGCUGUGGUGGCAUGGCUCAAUUUCCAUGGAGAAGCUCACUUUGCUCUGGCUUCACCGGCAGGAGGCAUCACCGUGGUGACGCUGCCACCCCAUGACACUCAGGGCAGCGUGUCAGUGGUAGAGCUGAAGAGAAGUUCCAUGAUGAGGAGGAUCUCCGGCUGGAUGCCCACCGCCAUCCGGGGGGAUCAGAGUUCGCCGGACCUGGUUCUGAGUCUGGCGGUCCGGGAGGAGGAGGAAGAUUCACUGAUCUUCGCUCUGUGUCAGGAUCACCGGCUGCGCAUGUGGUCGCUCACGGACCAAACGUGUCUUUUGGAGGCGGACAUGUUGGAGUACAUGCCGGCCUGUAAAGGCGUGAGGCGACUCUCUGGUCAGGGGCACCGACUGAGGGUGGCCUUCUCAUCCAGAACCGGGCUCUGUCUCUGCGUGUACCUGGGCGUCCCACAGAGAGGACAGUUCAUCGUCCUGCAGCUUGUUGGUACAGACAACAACCGCUACAGCCUGGAACACAUCUCCUCUCUGUUCAGCACCCAGGAAUCUCUGGUGGACUUCACUCUGACCCCGACAGAGGUGUGGGCUCUGUGGCUGGACGAAUCCAACUCCGCCGUGGUCAAGUAUAUCAACUUCGAACACAACACAGCGGGUCAGUGGAACCAGGUGUUUGUUCAGCCACCACCAGAAGAGGAAGUCCCAGUAGGAGUGGACCUGGACCCCAGGGAGACCUACCUGGAGCUCCUCUUCUCACCGCUGCGCUUCACUGCAUCAGCCAUCGUCAGAGCCUUACAGAUCUUCCGAAGAGGAUCAGAGAGGGUCUUGGAUCUUUCCUGGGAGAAUCUGAAGAAGGAGGUGACUCAGGCUGUGGAGAGUGAGCUGCAGAGCAGCGUCACAGAGUUCGAGUUCUCUCAGGAGGAGUACCGGCAGCUGCAGGUAGAGUUCUGGUCUCGCUUCUAUUCCUGCUGUCUGCAGUACCAGGAGGUGGAGUCCACUCCUCUGGGCCUGACGGUCAGCCAGAACACGGGGAUGGCCUGUCUGCUCCGUAAGGGCUUUGUGUCCUUCCUGCUGCCGUGUUUUGCUGUGGAUCACCUGUACCUGUCCUACGACCAGUACCUGCUGUCUGAGGAGGACACGCCCAUUAGUGAUGACCCUGAUGUGGCCCGAGACAUCCUGCAGCUGGUCCGGACCCUGCGGCUCGUCAGCGACGCCGUCUCUGCAGAGAUGGCGUACGAGAUGGAGAAGGCGCUUGAAUAUCUGCAGACUCCUGAGAGAGCUGCGGAGCUCGUCCUGGAAAACAUGGUGUGCAGCGACAAUGAUGGCGUAAUCGAAGACAUCCAGAACAAACUGCAGGACAUCCGGAACCCCAUUACUGCCAUGAUGGCUCUGCUGAGGGAGUUGGACCUGGAAACAGAAUCAGAGAUUGGUGGAGACGGACCUGUCGCUCCAGGUCUGAGUGUCAGGAUGAGCCUGUCUCAGCUGUACGGCAGCAGCUGUGCUGUCUCCGUCGUCUGUCAGGCUGUCUGUCACAUGGCCAUGACCCGAGCGCAGUUCUGCAGAGACAUGUUAAUACUGCAGAAACUCUACCUGCACUUCGGAGACAAUGUCUUUCUGGGUGGGGGGGGUCAGCUGCUGCAGCUCCAGCAGGAUCUGAUCCCUCGGACCUCCCACCUCCUCUCUUCCUAUCACCUCCUUAAAAACAUCAGUCAGAGUCUUGCUUCUCCUGUUCCCAUGGAUACCAUAGAUGUGAACCUGCAGCACCUCACUGCACUGGAGCUGUCGGACACGCCGACGAUGUCAACGGGUCGAUCAGUGCUGAACCCUCAGACGGUCCUGGAGCUCUUCUAUCAGACAGCAGCCAGAAGGAUCAUCAUCUCCCACAUAUUUUCCCAGCAGCAUACAGACUCUCUGCUAGUCUGGAAUCACAUGAUCUCUCACGUGGUCCAGCUGCUCGCUCAGCUGCUUUGGCCCAGUAACCCUGGCUUCCAGUUCCCAGAGUGUCUGAUGGCCAACUGUCAGUUCACUCAGCUCCAGGAUUAUGUUCGUCUGAUCGGCCCGUGGUGUCAGGUGAACAUUGGUUCAUGUCGCUUCGUGCUGGCUCAGUGCUACCUGGCUAACGGAGAGGGCCACAAGGCUCUGAGAUGUUUCCAGGAGGCGGCGACAGAGGUAGAGAAGGAAGACUUUCUAAUGAAGCUGACCGGAAGUGAGGACGAUGAGGCGGCUGCCAGUCCGAGGUUACAGUACUACAACAAGGUGCUGAGGCUGCUGGAGGACGUAGGGCUGCCCGAGCUCAUCAUCCAGUUCGCCUCUCUGGCUAUAGCAGAGGCAGAGGAUGACGUCCACUGUCAGGCGGCGCUGUGGACCAGAAUCUUCAAACAUCACCUGGAUCUGGGACACAACAGCGAAGCUUAUGAAGCUCUUACCCAGAACCCUGACAGCAGCAUGCAGCUAGAUUGUCUCCGUCAGCUGGUCGUGGUUCUGUGUGAACGAUCCCAGCUGGAAGAUCUGGUCCAGUUUCCAUACAUGAACCUGCAUGAUGAGGUGGUCGGCAUCAUCGAGUCUCGUGCUCGCGGUCUGGAUCUGCUGACGCACAACUACUAUGAGCUGCUGUACGCCUUCCACAUCAACCGACACAACUACAGGAAAGCGGGGACCGUCAUGUUCGAGUUUGGGAUGCGUCUCGGUCGGGAGGUCCGGACUCGCCUCGGUCUCCAGAAACAGGUGAACUGUUACCUCGCUGCGCUCAACUGCCUGCGCCUCAUCCGGCCCGAGUACGCCUGGAUCGUCCAGCCGGUUUCUGGAAGCACGUACGGGCGACCCGGAGCGUCUCCGAAAAGGAACUCUGAUGGAGAUUUUCCAGCAGAACCAGCUGCAGGUAGACGACAGGUGGACAUCCUGGAGCUCCAAGACCUGGAGAAGGAGUACUUCCUGUCCCGCGCUCGCCUCACGCUUGCUCAGCACCACCCCCCCUCUGCAGCCAUUGCAGGAAGUGCGUCUGCUCAAGAACUGGUUCUGCUCCUAGUCCAAGCUGGACUCUUUGACUCUGCCCUGUCUCUCAGUCGCAUCUUCAAACUGGAUCUGAGUCCGAUCUUUGACACGCUAACCUUUAAGUGCAUCCAGCUGCAGUCCGGGGGGGAGGAACCUCAGAGUGAAGCUUGGAGCUGGUUGGCUGCUAACCAGCUAUCAGUUGUCAACACUAAAGAGUCUAGUGCCACCGACGAGGCAUGGCGACUGCUUUCCUCCUACCUGGACAGAUAUCCUUCCACCAACGGGCAGCAUCACCGUCACGUCAUCCACAAGCUGCUUUCCCAUGGUGUUCCGCUGCCUGAUUGGCUUCUGCAGUCUUACAAGUGUAUGGAUGCUCCCUCACUGCUGCGCCUCCUCCUGAACUUUGACCUCUUAGAGAUGGCUGCAGAGCUUGUGCUUGAGUAUGUGGAUGCCGUGCUCGGCCGGGGACACCAGUACUUUGGGAUUGAGCGGCCGCUGUCGGCCACAUCUCCGCCUGCCUGGCUUCCGUACACAGCCAUCGAUCAGCUUCUCCACGCUCUGAGCGAAACGCAGACACACAUUAGCCUUCUGAAAAAAGUUCGAGACAAACUAGACGAGUAUCACCGUGUUGUGCAACAGACAACCGAACGGCGACUUGCUGCUCAGAGACGCGUGGCGGCAUGAGACAAGUUGCUGCCAACCUCAUCAUUCACCAGUUUUCUAUUUGUUUUUUUAUGUGAAAAUAUUCUAAUUAAAGUGUUUUGUAAU